ACAAGCGGACAAGUUUGAGCAACAGCUCGGUCCAUAACUGAAACUUAAUGAAAUGUUAUUAGAAAUGGAUCCCCAACAGGCGACAGUACAGUUCAUAUCAUCGCUGAAUCUGUCCCCGUUUAGCAUGCAACUUGAUCAGCAGCCGGCGAGUCCCGUGCAAAGCAACACCAACAACAAUAACAGCAGCAGCAGCGGCAACAACAACAACAACAACAAUAAUAAUAAUAAUAAUAAUAAUAAUAAUAAUAAUAAUAAUAAUAGGAACAACGAUAACGGUACAAAUCCUUUAAGCAAUUCCGAUAACGAUUACAGCGCCUAUACGCUGCAGUUGGGCAAUCAUCAUCAGCAGCAACAGCAGCACCUCAAUACGCAACAGCAGCAACAACAUUACCAACAGCAACCACAACAGAAUAUUGCCAGCAACAAUGCGAAUAGUGCAGCGAACCAAUUCAAUGCCUCCUCUUAUUCGUAUAUAUACAAUUUCGAUUCACAGUAUAUAUUUCCGACAGGCUAUCAGGAAACCAAUUCAUCCCAUUCGCAGCAAAGUGGCAACGGCACAGGCGUAGCAUCUGGCAACUCUGGCCAGCUGUUGAACGGUGGCAGCAACAGCUCUGCCGGCAACGGAUAUAUGUUGCUUCCACCUGGUGGCACCUCAGCUGUACAUAUGACCGGCAAUGUCGGUAGCACUGGAGCAGCAGGUGGAAGUGGUAGUGUCGCUUCCACAGGUGGUGUUGGCGUUGGCCAUCAUGGAGGAACUAGCGCCACCUCUGGCGGAGGCGAAGCCAUAGACUUCAAGCACUUGUUCGAGGAACUAUGCCCUGUCUGCGGCGAUAAGGUGAGCGGCUAUCACUACGGCCUGCUCACCUGCGAGUCCUGUAAGGGCUUCUUCAAGCGGACGGUGCAAAACAAAAAGGUGUACACAUGCGUCGCCGAACGCUCCUGCCACAUCGACAAAACGCAGCGCAAGCGCUGUCCAUACUGCCGAUUCCAAAAGUGCCUCGAAGUGGGCAUGAAACUCGAAGCGGUUCGAGCAGAUCGUAUGCGCGGAGGCCGUAACAAAUUUGGGCCCAUGUACAAAAGGGAUCGCGCGCGCAAGCUUCAGGUGAUGCGACAGCGGCAACUGGCUCUGCAGGCGCUGCGGAGCUCUAUAGGUUCAGAUAUUAAGCCAACGCCACUCUCCCCUGGCUAUCAGCAAGCAUAUCCAAAUAUGAAUAUUAAGCAAGAAAUUCAAAUACCUCAGGUAUCCUCACUCACGCAAUCGCCGGACUCAUCACCUAGUCCCAUAGCCAUUGCUUUGGGCCAGGUGAGUGCGGGCGCUGGCGGUGUGAUAGCCACGCCCCAAAAUAUAGGCAAUUUGAGUGGCGGCAGCUCGCUAGGCAAUGGCAACAGCAACACCAACAACAAUAGCGCAGGAAGUGCUGGCGGGGGCAGUGGGGGUGGUAACAAUGCUGGUAGCGGAAGCAGCGCCAGCAACAGCAACAACAUCCCCGAUGGCCUACAACGUAACGGAAACAGUGGCAAUAGCAACAGUAACAGCAGCUGCCAUGAAGCCGGGAAUGGAUCUCUGCAAAACACAGCUGAAUCGAAAUUGUGCUUUGAUUCUGGCACACAUCCAUCGAGCACGGGGGACGCCGUCAUAGAACCCCUGAGGGUCUCGCCAAUGAUACGAGAGUUUGUGCAAUCGAUCGAUGAUCGAGAAUGGCAGACUCAACUUUUUGCGCUACUGCAAAAGCAGACGUAUAACCAAGUUGAAGUUGAUCUCUUUGAAUUGAUGUGCAAAGUGCUGGAUCAAAACCUUUUCUCACAGGUGGAUUGGGCAAGGAAUACGGUAUUCUUUAAGGACCUAAAGGUGGACGAUCAGAUGAAGCUGCUACAGCAUUCUUGGUCGGACAUGCUUGUACUGGAUCAUCUGCAUCAUCGCAUACACAACGGUUUGCCGGAUGAAACACAACUUAAUAACGGACAAGUUUUUAACUUAAUGAGCCUUGGUCUGCUAGGAGUGCCACAGUUGGGCGACUACUUUAAUGAGUUGCAAAACAAGCUGCAGGACCUGAAGUUUGAUAUGGGCGACUAUGUGUGCAUGAAAUUCUUAAUACUUUUAAAUCCAGAUGUACGUGGAAUUGUGAAUAAAAAGACCGUUGUGGAGGGACACGAGAAUGUUCAGGCUGCUUUACUAGAUUAUACACUUACGUGUUACCCCUCAGUAAAUGACAAAUUUAGGAGGCUUUUGAAUAUACUACCGGAAAUUCAUGCCAUGGCCGCGCGCGGUGAAGAACAUCUAUACUCAAAACAUUGUGCAGGCAGCGCACCAACGCAGACGCUUCUCAUGGAGAUGCUGCAUGCUAAACGAAAGGGGUGAACUCAAAACAUGCAAUGGAUGCAUGAAAACAAAAUAAAUAAAUGUAAAAAAUAUACUUAUAUAAUUUCGGAAGACAAGUGUGUAUAUAACAGAAACCAAGGCAAACAAGCGCAAAGUUAAGAAGAUCGGGAAAAAAGGGUUAUAUUGAUUGCUAUGCGAAAAAAUCAUCAUCACUACCACCAACUACCACAUACACAUAUUUGUUGACUAAAUGUUAAAUAUUAUUAUUAUUUGUAUGACUAGUUUUAACCUUAUUUUAAUUAAUUAAUGUCUUAAUAUAAUUUGUGCUUAUUUUUAGUCAUGUGUACUAAAAACAGAGAUAUCAUCAGCAACAUUAUGGAAGUGCAAAAAUACCUUUAUUUAAAAG